UGAAAUUUAACAACUGCUUCAAACUGGGUGAGAAAGGUAUGGGGAAUGAUAUAGAUGCAGAUGACAGCACUUCACUAGAGGAAGUCUCAAGCAUUAAGAAGGUUUUGAAGCAAGCAGUGUUUUGUAAAUCCUUGGGUUGGCUAUUUACCAAUUGCUUCCAACUAGACCAAAAAGCUGUGAACAGUGCUGAAACACCAAAGUUGGAGAUGCCAUUUGAGCAUAUGGUCACUCUACUAAAAGAUUAUCAUCAGGAACCCCCAGAAAGCAAAAAAAGAGCUUGCAUUAUUACAUGCGUCCCUGGAAGUGAAAUCCCAGAAUGUUUUGAUUUCAAAAGCUUAGGAUCUUCCAUGAACAUCCAAUUGCCUUCAGAGUGGUGCUCUAAUAAUAGCUGGAUAAACUUUCCAAGUUUCGUUGCUUCUGCUGUUGUUUCAUUCCCAGACUCUUAUACUGGUGGGGGAUUUGGCAUUAGAUGUGAAUGUCAUCUAAAAUCCUGUAACAAGGACAAUCAUUGGUUUAGUAGUUCUUCCUACUUUCCGUUUGGAAGUCGAUUGUCAGAUCACGUGUUCCUUUUGUAUGGUGGUUUCAAUGUUGGGGAGUUUGUUAAAAGUGAGGUAUCAAACAACCGUAUAUACAAUAUGGCUUCCUUUCAUUUCUACAUUGACGGGUGGGGCUCCUCACAAUGCGAGGUAAAACAGUGUGGAAUUCAUCUAUUAUUUCCAAAUUAAGGAUUCAAAGUAUGAGAGCUCAAUGAUGCUUCAUCCUUAUUUUUGUUAUUUCAUCUAUACUGAAUUUCACACCCUAAAUAUGCUUACAAAAUAUUUAACAUAAUACAUUUUAUCAUUGGUUUUACUUAUAA